CUCCGAUUGGUCCCUAACCUCCGCUCUACGUAACUCUAAUUGUACCUUCCAACUUCGUCAGGCAGACAAAUCAGAGACACCCGAGUUCCAGUUUCCUUUCCCACUCUCCUCGCCGCAAGAUGGCGUCGUGCUGCUCUGCCGUGCCUCCCUAACCUCACUCCAAUCUCCGAGAAGCGUGCAGCUCUCGGGGAACCACAGCAGGCAAGAUGACGCGGAAACUCCGCCAACUCCUCCAACUGCUCGCCUUCGCCGGCGUCAUCUUCCUCUUCCUCUUCGUCGCCGACGCCCGCUACCGAGUGCUGCCCAACUCCCUGCACAACCACCUCCCCAUCCACCACGCCGGCAGCGUCAUCACCGACAUCACCCUCGCGACCUGCUCGUCUGCCAACCCGCUCUCGUCAUGUCGCUUGGAUCCCGAUAAAUGGCACAGGAUCGAGAAGGACCUGUACUUGAACACCGGCUGGCUGCAGAGCGCGUUCGUGCAUGUGCAGCGGAAGCAGGAGGAGCAGUUGGAAGAUGACGAUAAAGUGGUGGUCGGAGUGGCUGUUUCCAAAGUCAAUCCGGGGUCCAGUGAUGGGGAGAAGGGAUGGGAGAGCCGGUCGGGCGGAUUAUGGGUUCUGAGAAGUGCCAAGAGACACGACUCGGACUCCAGCAGAGUGGUGACUGCGGUCGAUGUACUCUUCGGCGCGGACGCCGUCGAGCCGCGGCAAGGCUGGACCGUAGCUCAAUUGCCCCUCCAAAUCAGCGCGGAUCCCACAGCGUGGGUGACGGUGCGCCAAGGCCAGCCCAAAGCCGCAGUGGCCGCCAAACCGCGGGUGAGUAAGAACGGGCGCUUCAAGAUCCUGCAAGUGUCAGACAUGCACCUCUCCACCGGCGUGGGGAAAUGCCGCGACGCCAUCGGCCCCGAGAACCGCCCCGUCAAAAACUGCGAAGCCGACCCGCGCACGCUCGACUUUCUAGAACGCAUCCUGGACGACGAAAGGCCGGACCUCGUCAUCCUCUCCGGCGACCAAGUCGAAGGCCCCGCAGCGCGAGACGCCCAGAGCGCCAUCCUCAAAUUCGCCGCCCCGCUCAUCGAGCGCAAAAUCCCCUACGCCGCCAUCUUCGGCAACCACGACGACGAGAGCGGGUAUGCAAUGUCGCGCGAAGCGCAAAUGUCCCUCAUCCAAUCCCUGCCCUACUCGCUGUCGAAACCCGGGCCGGACAACGUAGACGGCGUGGGAAACUACUACAUCGAAGUGCUCGCGCCCUCCCCCUCGCAGCACUCCGCUCUCACCAUCUACCUGCUCGACUCGCAUGGCCUGACGCCCGACGAGAAGAACUUCCCGGGCUAUGACUGGGUCAAGCAGAGCCAAAUCGAAUGGUUCCGCAGCACCGCCACCGAGCUCAAAGCCGCGAAAGCACACGCAAAGUACACGCACAUCCACCUGGACAUGGCCUUCAUCCACAUCCCGCUGCCAGAGCUAGGCGACAGAGAGAACCUCGUGGUAAAAGGCGGCAGCUGGAAAGAAGGCGUCACCGCGCCCGCCUUCAACUCGCACUUCUUCGACGCCCUGGCGCAAGAGGGCGUCGUGGCCGUUGGCUGCGGCCACGACCAUGCGAACGAUUACUGCGGUUUGCGCCCCGCCGCGCAGCCGGAUCAGGACUCGCAUAAGAAGACGACGCAUCAUGGGCCGUGGAUGUGCUAUGCCGGUGGCUCUGGAUUUGGGGGCUACAUGGGGUAUGGCGGCGUGCAUCGCCGGAUGCGGUUGUGGGAGGUUGACACGAAUGCCGGGCGCAUCAUGACGUGGAAGCGGGUGGAGUGUUGUGGGGAAGAUAUGAAGAGGCGGAUUGAUGAUGUGGUGAUUGUCGAGGCGGGGCAUGUCGUUGCGUAGGAAGGGAUUGAAAUGUGUGCAUCGAUUGUUGGGACGCAAGAUGCGGUAUACCCAUGAUCCAACCCGGCUUGUGUGAUUUAC